AUGACGUUAAACCUGUUACUCAACAAAUAAAAACACAAAAAAUAAAUACAAUCGAACAUCAAAAUGGAUCUUAACGAUUCCGGAAUCAAAGAAGAAGUUAGUAACAUUAUUUCGAGUCUGCAAAAACUAUUGCCGAAGAAAAAAGACAUUAUAUUCAUCGCACCUGACAAAUCCACAUUGACUAAACUGAGUGAUGUUCACGCGGAAGCAAAGAGUGUUUUCCCGAAGUGCUUCGUUGGCGCUAAGCUGGUCAUUGCCAGAGAUAUAAUGGACAAAGUCAAGUUAGUUCAAAGUUACAAUUUCAGUAAAACGAAAGAGACUUACAAGUGCUUCUCACAUCUCCUUCAUAAGGAAAUGGCCGCGAAGAAUAUUGAAGAUGGCCUAAUAAUUGAUUCAAUGGGUUCCGCUACAGCUACAUACAAAGAAACAAUGGACGAUUACGAAAUGAGACUCACAUCAAAGAUUAAAGAUUUAGUAUCAUCAGAGACGGAAUUAGUUUUCGAAAAAGAGAACGAAAAGUCAAUUAGUUCUGUCUCGUGCUCCAUAAAAGAUGUCGACCCAAAUAACCUGAAGCUAGUUACUCAGUGGAUGUAUAGAGUGAUGCCAGAAUUAAGUUUUGGCAGCGAGCUCGGUUUGAAACCCUUAUCGUAUCCGAUAUCACCUGAAUUUUCAGUUAGUACGAGAUACGAAAGGCCGUCCUUCACUCUCUCUUCCACUAUCAGCAGAAUCGGCUUCCAAGUGUGCCUUUUCAAGCAAUUCACACCAGAUUUACGGAUAUCGACCAUACUUAAUGAGAGUAACAGGAGUUCUGCUUCGAUCGGUCUAGCUCUGCACAAGAGCUAUGAAAAUGGAUCGGAAUUGAAAAUUUUUGUCGACUCGCAACGCUGUGGUGGCUUCACUUAUCAGAGGGAUGUUUUGUUUUACGAGCCACAUAACGAAGUUCGAAUAAUACGAUUGAUGGCCAGCACUCUUAUAGACAGACAGCGGCGAGUGCGUAUCGGCUUUGGUUUCAACCUAGACUUCUGAACUGUGAAGUUAAUAACUCCGAACGAAAUACCCGUUGAAAUUUUGAUAUUUACGUCAAUUUGUAGUAUUAUUUGUUUGUAUAUAAGUAUACAUAGGUUUUAAUUAUUGUUUUAUCUUGUUAAAGAUUGUGUUAUUUCGUUUAGAAAUGUGAGUAAAUUAAAGAUUAUUUCUUCUGA